AUGCCUGAGCUUACCGUUCCUGGUGCUAUCCUCCAUUACGAAACGUUCGGGACAUCUGGGCCCGUGCUUGUCUUUAUCCCCGGAGCCGACGGCCGCGGUAGUAUUUUCCAUACUGUAGCCGAAUCUCUCGCCGCCAGCUUCACUGUCGUCUGCUGGGAUCGCCGUGGAUAUUCACAGAGCUAUCUCGUUGGCAAACAAUAUUUUGAAAACCGGCUGCAAACCGACGCCGACGAUGCACAGCGUCUGAUAGCCCACGUCUCUCGUGAUGGCACAGCUUUUGUUUUCGGAACGUCCUCGGGUGCUGUUGUUGCACAGCAGCUGCUGGCCACUCACCCUGAAUGCGUGACCAAGCUCAUUUCCCACGAGCCACCGGCCUUUGGUGCGCUACCCAAAGAGUUUGAACUGCAGGCGAGCGGACUUAUAAGUCACAUCUACAACACAUACAGAGCUCAGGGCCCGGAGGCAGCCAUGGAGGCUUUUACCUCAGGUUUGUCUGAAGGCCCUGAUGCGAAGAUGAUGCGUCAUUGCAUGGACGCAAAACGUGGCGACGAGAUACGCGCUAACUGCCUCUUUUGGUUCGAAUUUGAGCUGAGGCAGUAUACUAGCGCGUCAGUCGAUAUUGAAGGUCUCGACAGGGCAAAGGAGAAGCUGAUUCUUGCCGCUGGGAAUGAAAGCGAUGGUCCAGGUACAGGACCAAUCAACGCUAUCGCCAUGCGGUUGGGCAAGGAGGUUCUAAGGAUUCCUGGCGGUCACGUUGGUUUUAUGACUGUCCCUGAUAUGUUUGUGAAGAAGAUGGUGGAACUGCUUAGCGAAUAG